CCAAUUCUUUUUUUGUAAUUUUAAAUGAAUCCUAUUACAGGGUUGUUGAGUCAUUUGACGGGAGUACCUGAAGCAACACUUCGGUUAGUAUUCACAGUGUUACUGGGAUACCCCGUAGCUGUUUUUUACAACAAGAAAUUCGAAAAGGAAGGACAGUCAACCGCCGAUCAACGUAACCAGUAUAUUCUUUUAUCUGGACUUGCACUCAAUUUCUUUUUCAACGGUAUCACCAUUUAUCACUCACUUUUGACGAUUACUGUGAGUUGGGCCAUCUGUUUUGUGGCAGGAGAGACCAUGGGAGACCGUAAGUUGGCCGCUGGUGGUGUUUGGAUUUUCAACGCACUUUAUUUAUUAUUGGGUUACUACUUUAUGCAAACCGAUGAUUAUGAUAUUACCUGGACCAUGACCCAAUGUAUCUUGUGUCUUCGUAUGAUGGGUUUUGGCUUUGAUUAUUACGAUGGUCGCAAAAAUCAAGGCGAAAUACAGAAAUCAUCGGCUCCCUUGCCUUUGUCUUUCCAGGCCGAUACCCCCUUGGCCACUUUGCCCGAUAUUCAACACUUUUUAGCCUACGCCAUGUUUCCUUCCGCUUUCCUUGUCGGCCCUCAAUUCUCUUACUCACUUUACAACAAGUGGAUUCAUAACGAGGCUGUUAAUUCAAUGACAUCCGAACAAAGGGAAGAACGGGAUCGCGCCCAACAACUUUAUAUUUGGCGCUCCGCUAUUCUGGCCAUCAUCUACUUGGGCUUGCAACAAACUGUUGGUGCCACUUAUUCCACCUCGUAUUUAUUGACAGACGAAUUCAAUUCGUUCUGUUUUGUUAAGCGUUUAUUUAUCCUUCUUUUGGCCGGCAAAUUCGCUUUUAACAAGUACAUCGGUAUUUGGUUACUUACUGAAGGUGCUUCGGCAACAUUUGGUAUUUCAUAUGAAGGUGUCGAUAAUGAGGGUCACGCAUCAUUUGCUGGUUUACCCAACGCAUUGCCCUCUCGCUAUGAGACCGCUACCUCCAUUGACCAUGUGAUUGAGGCUUUCAACAUCAAUACUAACCUCUGGUCCAAAUACUAUGUAUUUAAGCGACUCAAGUUCCUUGGUAACAAGGAAGCAUCUCAAUUCGGUACUUUAGCGUUCUUAGCUAUCUGGCACGGUUUCCAUUGGAUGUAUUUCAUUACAUUUGCACUUGAAUUUUUAUACGUGCAAUGUGAAUUGGUGCUUCGUAAGCGACUUUCACCUCUUGUCCAAGUUUAUACCAAGAAGAACGAUAUUCUUUUCCAUGUUUGGAAGGUCGUGGCUUGGUUCACCUGUCAAUUCACGAUCACCUAUGCCGUGGUUGGCUUUGAAUUACUCAAGUUGAAUAAGGCCUGGGCUGCUUACAAGAGUGUUUAUUUCAUUGGUCAUCUUCCUAUUGUCUUGAUUCUUGCUGCCAAUGCUUACUUGCCAAAGCCAAGAACUGCCGUAGCUAAGAAACAACAAUAGACAAUUUUUUUUUUUUUUUGAGAGAAAAAAAAUUAAGAAAAUCCAUAGAAAAUAAUAAAAAAUGUAUAUAAAAUUUAUUAUCCAAAUAA